UCGAACACUCUUGGCGUCAAGGGGAAAGUUGUUUGCAUAGAUCACGUGACGACACCUAGUAGCUGGUUAUAGGAAUUGAUAUGAUUAAGAACUGUCACUUCAACUAUAUACAGAAAUUUGGCAAGCGGGAAAGUCUACUAUUGCCAAACAUGUCUGUAUUGGGCUGUAAAUUAUGUGGUUCAAAAGUGCAAAUCUGUUAUAUUUUCUCCUUUGAUAUGGAAAUCAGUGUAGCUAAUGGAGAAAAACGAAAAUUAAGGCUUAGCUGAUGCGAGUGAGAUUAAAUAUGGUUGUUUGACGAGUGCUUGUUUGAUAGUUCGUGUUAAUCAGUCAAAAAUAAACGAUUUGUGAUGGUUUGUGUACUGCUAAUAUUUGCCCCAUGUGGUACUAUAAGAUUUCAUAAAAGUUUGCAGACAGUUUCUUGUAUUUGUAAAAGCUCUUGUAAAUCUAUAAAAGAAUAGAUAAAUAUAUAUAAUCUAUCUUGUAUAUAUCUAUUCAAACCUUGAGUGUAAAAUCCAUUGCUGAUUAUUAUUUAUAUAAUUAUCACUGUAAAAGCUCUGUGAUUAAUGCAGGAUCAUUUUACUUUUUAUGUUACUCUUAAUUUCAUAAUUUAUUUCAUGAUUCAGUAUCAGUGAUGCUUACUUUUAUUUCGUAUUUACAAUGCCUGUCCAAGCACCGCAGUGGACAGAUUUCUUAUCCUGUCCUAUUUGUUAUAAUGAAUUUGAGUGUAACAUUCGUCGCCCUGUCAGUCUUGGCUGCGGCCAUACUAUGUGCAAAAGUUGCUUAUCGAAACUUCAGAGGAAACAGUGUCCAUUUGAUCAAACUGUUAUCAACAUUGACAUCAACCAGUUACCUGAAAACUAUGCUCUUUUGCAACUCGUUGGUGGGAAAGUGCCAGAUAAACCACCUUCAAUUAUUCCUUUGGUAUCCAAAGAAGAUUUCAAAUAUUAUUUAGAAACUAAAAAAUGUUUGGAAGAAUUAGCUUUAUUUCUGAAGUCACCUGUGGUUAAAUUGUUGAAUGCUGGUAAUUCGACCUGUGUUCAAAUACUGGUUAGCAGGCAAGCUGGUUGGAUAGGUGUUUUCAAGAUUUUUUCCUGUAUAACAUAAAUAAAAGCCAUAUUGUCUAAAAAAAUUGCUUUACAAAGCAGUUUUUCCCUUAGCUAGGUAGCCCUGUUAUGCCUUGCUAUACUGUAAAUUAUCCCAUAUUUUUAUAGGUCUUAUUUUUCUUAUACGAGUUAUUUAAGCAUUGACAUUUGGGGGGGGGAGAUACCCUGGAUAAAUCAUUUAUAUGAAUUCAGGUCUGGACUGGAGGCCUUGCCGUUGUUUUUUAACCUCAGUUUGUUAUGUAUUUCGUCUGUUUGUUUAAAAAUAAAACAGCCCACAUUCCUGUGCUAAAAAUUAUAAUUUAUUUUACUUUGAUUGAAUUUAAUUGUUUUGGUAGCCAUACACUCAUUAUCUAAAACUUGUUAUUAAUAUUGAAGAAAUAAAAAAUGUUUUUUC